AUGCGCGAGAGAGGGAAGGACCGCGGCAGGAAGGGGCAGUGCGCCCUCGGCUGGCAACGAGAUUGUGUCGGUCGGCCGCGCGCCCCCGUGCUGGGGUCGAUACGGGCGUGCUGUGACGCACCGCCCCGCGCCGCGCUCAUUGAUUACCUGCUCCUGCCCGGAGCCGCGAGCCGAGGCCAGCAAACCAGCGGCGAUUCCCAUCUGCGCGUGGCGGCGGACCGAGACGCGCAGCAGACCAACAUGUUCGUGACCUUGGCCAGCUACCUGCGGGGAGGCCUGCCCAGCGCAGCGGCAGACUCGGAGCAGGAGGUCGUCCCCGGAGCAGUGACUGCGCAAGUCAGGCUCACUGCCGUCGAGGCGGACGACGACUGGGUGCUGGUGGACAAGUCCACAGAUGCUGCAGACUGCAGCGGCAGCGACGAGGACGAGUGCUGGUGCGCGCCGUCGCUGGAAGUGGUCCUCCGCCCCGCCUCCCCCUCGCUGGAGGAGUCGUGGUUCAUGACGCCCCCUCCCUGCUUCACCUCAGCGGGGCCCUCGCACGUGGAGACCUCGCCGCUGGAGAACCUGCUCAUCGAGCACCCCAGCAUGUCCGUGUACCAGCACUCUGGCUCCGGCGCCCCCCGCCCGCAGUCGCCCUGUGCCCCGCCCCCUCCCCCUGCCCCCGCGCCCCCCGCUGCCGCUCGACCCGCGCCCGAGGGGCGGCGGGCCGUCUACUCGCUCCAGCAGCAGCAACAGCAGAAUGCUGUCAGCAUCAGGUCUGCUCAGAAGCUGAAGCAGCGGAGGGCCGGCCAAGCUCUGAAGCGCAACCACCUGGAGCGUUCCAACAAGGCUCGUGAAGUUAACUCCCGGAACAAGCUGAAGCGGCGGUCCGACCACAUGCAGAACCACUCAGGGGCCAACAACAACCGAAAGUGCUAGCUUUAAAGCCCUCACCACUGAUCUCAGGCUGCGCACGAACAAGGAAGAAGGAAGCCGUCGCGUUGACCGGCCAUUUAGGAAGGGCAGCAUGCCAGUUCCCACGUUGUCCAACGUGCGGGCUCAGAAUGUUGUCACAAGUUUUGUAGGUGCAUCUCCUUUAAGUACCUUUCUAUAUUUUUUUAUUUUGAUUUCAAAAGGAGGGUGAAUAGAAAUUCAAUAUGUGUAUGUUUAGAGUUGAAUUUUUAGUGUGUUAAAAAAAAAGUGUGCAAUCAUUUAUUUGUGAUUAAUUUAAAAGAAAAAAUAUUUAUGGUAUCUGUUUAUAGGAAGCCUAUAUAUCUUGCACUAUUACUAAUACUUUGUAGAUAUCAUAUUUUUACACUUGUGUAUUGGCUUAUCUAGAAACAGUGAUUGCUCAUCUUUAGGUUAACUAACAAAUCAAUUCAAAUCACAAAAUGUUAACCUGCUUCAAAGCAAGAUGAUAUUUUUUAAAGGUAAAAAUAUAUCUGUAGUUUUUAUAGACAUGUUAUUUUAACAAAAAGUUAUUUUGUAACUUAUAAAACAUUGCAAACAUUUUCUCUAUUGAUGUGUAAUAUUUGUGCGAACUAAACCAAAGCAUUACCAGUAUAACUCACAAUAAUGUAAUUGUACGUUUAAGUAAGAGAAGAGUAAAUCACAGCAGCAUAUAUGAUUGGGUAUUCCCAGUGAUAACUAAGCAACAUUAUGAAUACAGAAUGUUUUACUUAAAAGUGUGCAGUAUGACUCUGUAUAUAUGGUUCAGUCAGCAAGAGUAAUAUUAUUUUGGUCAUCUGAAAACAGUUUUUAACAAUUGGCCAAUUAAUAUUUUUAGGUAAAUUUUUUUCUCUAGUACAUACAUGUGCAGCCUAUCAUUUCUUCAUACUUGAGACAGUAAUAUUUUUUCCCCUCCUAGAUUUUAAUGAAUGAAUUAAGACUGAACAUCUUGUUGGAAAAGGGGCUCAUUAGAGGCGAUAAAACGUGAUGAGACGAUAAUGAGUUAAUGAUGGACUGAAUGGGUGCAGGAGACUGGAGCACCCCAAGAAAACACAUGUGCUCACGGCAACGUCCAUCAUGUUCAUCCCUUACAAAAGAAACCAGGUUUGAUCUCGCCGAGAAUGGAACCGGAGAUUGCCUUGGUAGGAGGCAAGUGAUCUGACCACUCAACUACCAUUUCCCCCUCCUCCCAGAUAACAAAGUUUUUGCACCAACUAUACUUGUUUGUAAACCAACCCUACUGUCUGAAGUCUACUGCUUGCUGCAUAUACUUUGGGUCUGAAUAGUGAACCUGGGUUUUUUAUUUUUAUUGGGAUGACAAAAAUAGCAUCUUGGGCACCUAAGGCAAAUCCAGCCGUUUGUUCAGGAUUGAAAACAUAGGUGGGGGGAAAAAUUGCAUUUCUUUAUCAAUGGGCUUACAUGUAUUCAGCAUUCGUGUCUAGCCAAAUCAUCACAAAUUAUAUUUUGAGUGCCAGUACUAUUAUGGUUGAACAAGUUAUUAUCAAAAACCAAUUUUGCUGUUUAAUUUCACGUCAAUAUAUUUUGUGUAAAUGUCAAAAGAAAAAUAAAUACAGUACAAUGAUACAGUAAGAAUCUCUCUAAUCUGAACUAGAUGCGGCAGUAUUCUGUCCUAAUCACAAGAAGUUUGGAUUAAACUAUAUUGUCCUAAAAUGUACAUAAUAGAAGUUUUAGAUGGGUAAAAUUUUAAAAAUUAAUUUUAUCUUUCAUAAAUUCAACAUUUCCUACAGCAUAAUUAUAGUUUUAAUAUUACUGUAUACAUAAAACUAAGUUUUUAACCUACUAAAAUUAGAAAAUAUAACUUUUUUUUUUAAUGCGUUUGGAUUAACCAGAUGUCUGGCCAAGAGGGAUCCAUUUUAGCAAGACAACUGGAUUUAAAAUAAGUUGCAAUAAGCUUCUCUUUGGCAGCAAAAAAAUAGAUAUAAGCAUUGCAGUUUUAAAAAAAAAUUUAGUUUUUCAGUACUUGCCAGUAAUGUGUAACAUCUAUCCUCGGUAACCAGCAAAUUCAUGUGUUCUCAUGUUGCAAAUACGCUUACAAUAUGAAGCUCAGACAAAAAAUUUAACAGAAUUCUUUAAAACAGUGCUGAGCAUGAUAAAAAAUACGCAAAUUGUGUUUUCAACAACAUUUCUGGACGCGAAUCCCACGUAGUUUCCGCACCUGCUGCUAGAAUUUGCUACCAGCAGCUAUGUAGACUAUCAAAUCAUUUUGAACUACUAUAAUGAAACGGCUUUAAUAAUAGCUAAAAAAGACUUGAAGAAAUACUAAACCCUGGCUUUGGACUUAAUUUUCAACAAGAAUUUUAUUACAAUACUGCCCAUCUUGUUAAAAUCAUUACCAGUUAAUACUAUAAAGUUUCUGUUUUGUCUUUGUGAAGUUUGGCAGCACCGUGGAUGUUGCACAUUUCCAUUCCUUGACUUCCAUUGCAUUCACAAAAUUACUCCCACUAAAAGCUGUAUACAGAGAGCUAAGACGUUACCCAUCAAUAAUCUCAAAAAUUACAUUGCUUCCACUGUCAAAAACACCUGGAUUCACAAAAAAAAAAUCUGAUUAUAAGCAGUUUUAUGGGUGCCGUAUUAUAGAAUAAGUGGAAUCGAAGAACACUGACUGAGGUAACCGAUAAUGAAGUGGUGAGGGCAUUCUUAGCCAACUCUAUCCCCACUCUGUCUUGAAAGCAAUAGUUCUUACAGAGCGCAGGCAGUGAUAAAUGUCACUGAAAUACACCUAUCCCUCACUUAGCACGGCUUUAGAUUGUACGGAUUAAUUUAGCGCGAUGUUAAUUUUACUGACCAAGUCUUGAAUAGCACGUCUGUAAAUUUCAGUUAGCACAAAAUCUCUGCCGGCAAAAAAAAAAAAAAAAAAAAAAAAAAAAGAAAAAAAAAAAAAAAGAAAAAAAAAAGAGUUGGGCACGACGUCACAAAGUCUGUUUCAACUUCUGUAAUCAACAGAUGUGCUGUGGUAUACAGUUAGCCAAACAAGGGGAAAGAGAUGCGCGCACAGGUCUGACUACGCUAUCGGAUGUUGUACAAGCAUCAGCUAUGGCAAGUUAAUUUGCGUCUAUGGAGUGUAAAGGACCAAAUGUUUUUACGUCCGCGCGUAUGCCGCCGUGCCGUACCGUUGUCGCCUGGCCACAGACCGGGCUGUGAACCAGUCUAGCCAGUGGCAGGGAACUCACUCAAACAAAAGCAACGUCUGCCCAUUCAGCUGCCGAUAACUGUACGUGCUUGAUCACUCAUAAUGCAUCGUGUUCAAAUAUUUUAGACAAAACUAGAAGUAUUACGGCGCGCAGAUUGUCACGAAGGCCACGCUUAUGUUGGUCGCACUUUAGUUUUGAGCAAGUCAACUGUGCGCACAAUCGUACCAAAAAGGACUCUUACCAAAAGUUUAUAUAUAUAAGUCUGAUGCUGCUGGUUGUACUAGCGGAAAUAUAUUUGACAUUAGACACCGGAACAGAAAUAAACAGAUGAUUCACGUGGAAAAGGUUGUUAAAUGAAUGUUGCAAUGAAAUUAAUUAUCAUUGGCCUGACAGGAUUGGUUUGAACACGAAUAAGCACUUUAAUUUUUGAAAAAUUAAAAUGUAACUAUCUGGCAGUAUUAUUGGUUUCACUGUCAGUAAAGGAUGGUUUGGAAAGGUAUUUGACAUGAGUUGAAGGUCACGCCCGGGUGGGAAAGUCAGCCAGCCGACUGACGAUAAAGUACAUAACCACGCAUCUCCCUUUACGCUGUGUCGUAUUUGUCAUACAAAGUGCGAUGGGACGCAUAUAAAGUUAAAUGGUGUGACAUAUAGUUGAGUAUUAUUCAACGCAUUUAUAUUACGUAAAGUAUAUUUUCCUACACCAAUUUAGAACACAUUAAAUAAAUUAGCCUUGCUAUUUAUGGAAACUAAUGCUUCAGAAUACGCGAUUUCGAAUAACACGAGCAUUAUUAGGAACAAAUUAGUCGUGCUAAGUGAGGGAUGGGUCUAUCAAAGUUUUCGAGCACUGCUACAUUUGCAUGAGCACCAUACCUGCUGUCAAGAAUUUCUUGGGCUUCAAGACACAAUUUAUACUUGCAUAACAUUGCAUACAAGGAAUGAACAGGAUAAAUAAUGUGCUUUUAAAAUUCCUUGCUACUUCGAUGCUUGAUACUCUUUGCACCAUUCUGGGUCGAAACAAAGAAAGCUACUUUGUUAGUUUUGUGCUAUACAGUCUUUUUUUGACGUGACAACGUCUAAUAAAUCGAUGAACGCCGGCUGCACGCACGAAAAAGUGUCCCACUACGGAUGUCCCACUACGGAAGUGUCCUGUUUGCUCAUUGUACGCAUGCGUGGCAUCUCUCUUCCACUCGAUUGGAACAACCAUCGAUUUGACUUUUCAAUCAUAUUUUAGUCAUUUGAAUUAUUAAUAUUAUGUAAUUUAACGAUUGUCCAUCGAUUUUCAGCACAAUCGGUACGGUUAUUUAAAAGUAAUGUUGAAUAUUCAAAUACGUUUUGAACCAACAAUGGUGUUUUACAGUUACACAUAAUAAUUCAAAUUACACCCGGGAUCUUUUGCACAAUGUUUUAAAAAAUAUUGUAACACAUUAUAAAUAAGUUUGGUGUAUUUGGGAUGCGUAUUUGUUAUAAAAUCGUGUUAUAAAAACGAAAUAUUAUUAUUCCCCUACCAUGAACAAAAUUUUUAUAAUUAUGUAUAUAAAACUGUUACUCCCAAGUAUGGCCUCGUGGCUGUGCAGUUAGCCACGCUAACUUCUGAUUCAAAGGUUGUUGGUUCGAAUCCCGGCAGCUGCGAAUUUUUUUUUUUUGUUCUUGUAAAAAUAAAUACGGCGCACGCAACAUUUCAAAAGUAAUAAAUAUAUUUGAAUUAAUGGAUGCAAAUAAAAGUAAAUUUAUUAAUUAAAUUGUACAUUUCAUUUCACUCCUUUGUAUCCAUACAAAAUAGUGAUAAUUCAAUAAAUAUGAUUCAAUUUUAUUCAUAAAAUUAUGCAGAGGUAGAUUCUAUCAUACAAAAGAUAGAAAAAUCUAAAAAAAAAUUUCUUCCUCAAAGAAUAUAAUAUUUUUAAUGCCUAAAUGGUUUGGUUGCAAAAACCUAUUGCGGCUCAGUCUCAGGCCGAAUAUGAUAUUUCCCUUUCUUCUGGAUCAAUCAUUUCAUCAAUGUUUUGUUAUGACGUCACGUUAAACUAUCGUCCGUAAACCGACUUUACAGACAACCAAUUUUUUUUUAUUCCAUUGUCACCCAUGCGACUGAUUCAAAAACACACUCACUGCCUCCCGGCCACUGUGACUUGCACGACUAAACAGAAACAGACAUCAGACUCACUACCACUAGAACUGCUGCUUAUGUAUGGAAUUAGCUUUUUCUUUGCUGGAGAAAAAAAUUGUAUCUGUUUUCUGUGUAUGAAUAAUAAUGUUGUUUUCAGAUAGUUACAAACAGAUCUCUGAGCACUUUAUUUCUAAGUGACAUGCACUCAAUGUAAUUAGAGGUCUUUUUAUUAACUUGAAAAAGUAGGCGAGCACUCAUGGGUGAUGACUGGGGGAGAACAGGGAUUACAAAGGCAGGCUCUGAAGUUUGUCUAAAACAUGGCAACUUGUAAAAAGUUACAAGUAGCUCUUAAAUGCCCUGAAUUUUUUACCGUAUUCUUUAAUGGACCAAGAAUACUUUCAUUUAAAAUUUAAUUUAAAAUGUUAACAAACAAUUGUUAUAUUUAUCAGAGACAACAUAAUGAACUCUUCACCAUUUAUCACUUAAGAUGGGCAAAUAGGCUUAUAUCAAGUCAGCACUGCAUAAUUAUUUGUACAGUUUGGUUUAUUUGGCAAUAAUGCUUCAUAAGUUUUAACAGCGUUGUGUAGUCAUGCAUAACAGCUUUUUACAUAUUGUCUUGUGAGUUUACUGUAUGAGUUAGUUUUAUGAAGAAAGGCUGAUGAUUUAUUUGUGUUUUACAACCUGAGAACAUGGUAAUUUUAUGAAUAGCUCUUGUAUUAAUAACAUUUUCACAAGAAAAUUAUUAUUAUUUUUAAACCAUUUAAGGAGAAAAAAAAUGUUAAGUAGAGGAUGUAGUGUUACAUAACAAAUAUCUAAAUGAGCGAGGCUGGUGACGAAAGUGUAAUACAGGAAAUAAUUUAGGUGCAUUUAAAACAAUUUUUUGUAUUAUAGUUAAACUGUUUUAAUAUAAAGUUAUGUAUGUACAGAAAUUAUAGUGCAGGUAAUGAUUCUAAAAAAAGAAACACUUGAUUUUUAAGUGAAUGUAAUUGAUGUAGGUAGUUUUAUUUCCAUAUUCUUCACUUGUUAACUAAAUUACAUACUAACUAAAUUGUGGUAGUGUACAACUAUAACAAAAUAAAGACAAUCCAAAGAUUUUAAAUUUAAAUUAGCGAACAUGGUUAACUAUCAAGCAAUACAUCCGUUUACAAUUGAAUGUAAUGUGUGUUUAGUUGAAAUGUAGUGUUUUUUGGAAUAAUUAUAUUUGUAUAGCUCCUUUAAUGGACUACUGCUUCUUUCCUACAAAAAAUGAAUUCCAUAAGAACAUGUGAAACAUGUAUUCAUUAUGAGUUUAAGAGCAAUACGUGAAUUCAAUGACCAGUAAUAUUUGACUACAUAUGUGCAUUACUUCUAAAAAAUACAUUGGCAUAUAUUUUCUAAAGAAUCAAAUAGUAGGUAUUCAAACUUAAACAUAUUACUUGUGCUGUUGUAGGUAGAUAGACUAACUUUGCUGUCAUUAUUGUAUAUUUUAUUUUAAUAACUGUAUGUAUGUGCUAAGUGAGUUCUCGUGUUUGUAGGAUGUGUGUACAGUUGUUUAAAUUGUGAGCUUGUGUAAGAGAAUUAUGCACCUACAUCACUUCUAAGGCAGACAGAUGAAGGUAGUUCAUUCAUGAAUAUUUCCACUAAUUUACAAUAUACCUACCUAUUAAGUGCAUGUAAGGAAAAUUUUUAGAAAGAAGUUAAUUAGUUAUUUAUCAGAAUUUUAAAAAUUCAGCACAAAAAUACUUACUUUUAAGUGAGUACUAAGCUAAGUAGUAAUUUUACAGUCAUUAAUCACCUAAAUAGAAAAAAAAAAAGUAAAAACACUAGGUAUGUAAAAUCUCAGGAAUGACAUUCGUUUUUCCAAUUUGUUUGAUACAAGCAGUUGCGUAAUAUGUAACUGGCACUAUUUUAAAGUUGUUGCGUCAAUAUGAUGAUGUGGAUUUAGACUCGUGAAGUAUUUGUGCUUUUAUCUGUCAGCCCAAAAUGUGUCCAGCGUGCAAGCACCAAGGCGUCAAGUGUACGGUGUAGUUAGUUUUGUUUAGAGAGAGCCAGCAAAGGUAUUCACUUAGCAUCAGAGUUGUGUUUGUAUCAUCGUAACUUGGGAACUCGAUUGAGAGUUGAUUUACUUGAAUUAUAAUGGUGCACUGAUCUGUAAAUAUUUAUGCCAGUUAAAUUAUUAUUAUUAUUAUGAAAACGUGUGUAAUGUAGAAACUGUAUUUGCUGCAGCUUCUUUCCAGACAUAUUGUGUGGGAAGCGACGCUGGAUAAAAAAUUGUGACUAGAUGUGUUGCCAUGCAGUUAUCUUUUCUUCACAUUUAAUGUGUCAAAAGUGAAUUCAUCUGUAGCAGAUGAUGCCUAUAAAAUAAGAAAAAAAAAUGUGUUUCAUUAAACUUUAGCAUGUAAUGUUUCAUUUAUGAAAUAAUGCAACUUACUAAGUAAUAUAAAAAAAAAUAUUUUCAAAAGUUUAAAUAAAAAUAUUGACAAUA